GCUUGUUGCUCGUCAUCUUGUCGCCUGUCCAAUCCCCCAUCAUCAUGUUGAACCGCCUCUUCCGGCCGCAGUCCGCGCUGCGUGCUGCCUCCGCCUUCUCCCAGAAGCCCGUCUCCGCGCUCCCACGCUUUCAGAUCCGGAGCCUGCACCGCGUGCCCCAAUUAACCAACGACCAGUACUUCAAGAACAAUGGCAUUCCGGAGCUGCUAUCGCCCGAGGCGUUCGACUUCGCCUGGACGCAAUACCAGGGUCUGCUCAUUGACAAGCUGAACCUGAUGACGCAGGACACCGUCGACGCCGACGCAAAGCCCGGAGAACUGCUGGUCAAGUACUCCCGCCGACCGGAGAUGGCGUCCGUGUUCAACUAUGCCUCGAUGGCCCACAACAACCACUUCUUCUUCAACUGCCUGUCCCCCCAACAAACUCAGAUCCCCGAAAAGUUCGCCAAAGACAUCGUCGACACCUGCUCCUCGAUCGAAUCCCUGAAACUCGAUUUCCUGGCCACCGCCAACGCCAUGUUCGGCCCCGGUUUCGUCUGGCUGGCCAAGAACCUCGAGCGGGAGGGUCUGAUGCACAUCUUCUGCACGUAUAACGCUGGCUCGCCCUACCCGGCGGCUCAUGCGCGGAGGCAACCGGUCGAUAUGGCGACACACUCGCCGGACGCGCCGCUGGGCAACCAGUACGCUGGCGCGAUGGGUGCGCACGCGGCUAACCAGAAGAACAUGGCGCCGGGUGCUCUGGACGUCCAGCCUAUUCUGUGUGUGAACACAUGGGAGCAUGUGUGGAUGAUGGACUACGGCAUUGGUGGUAAGGCGGAGUACUUGGAGCGCUGGUGGGAUCGGAUUAACUGGGAGGUGGUGUUCGACAAUUACAAUGCGGUUGGGCCGGUUAAGGGCAAUGCGGCUAAUGCUGGACGGAACUUGAGCAUGCUGUGAUUUAUUCUCUCUUCCGGUCAUUUCUUUUUUGUUCAUGUGAUAAACUGUAUUAUACAAUGUGUAGCUUCUAUUUCAUAUUCUAUGUAUGCACUGAUGUGUAUCAUAUCCCUUCCCUUUCCCUCCACAACAAUAUUAUAAUACAUCCUGUC